UUCACAUCGAGUCACACCCCAGCAGCAGCAUGGCGUCCGCCACGAACUACCUGAAACAAGGAUACGUCCCGUUUAGCGGGAAGCCGGAAGAUUUCCACGGCUGGAGUGGCCUGUUCUACUCCAUCAUGGAUGAGCAAGGAUUAGGCGACAUCAUGGCUGGGACGGAGACCGCCCCGGCAUCGGCGGCCAGCAGCGCGGAUUCGGAUCGUGCUGCGUUCGACAGGACGACGCUGGAAUUCAAAAGAUCACUUGCGGUCACUGCCGAGGACGAUUACGACCCGGCGCGUGCAAUCCAAGACUUGCGUCGUAUCAGUUCCGAACUCGAGUCACUUGGAGACAAGGUCGUACCAGCCCGCCAGACGCAUAUCUUGUUGAACGCGCUUCCUGACCAGCACUACGCCCAACUUAAGGCCGCGCUGGUGUGCGGACAAGCCGAUGGCUCGGAGUUGGAUCUUGACUUCGAAAAUGUCGCGCACCGAGCGACCGCGUACCAUACACUGCAGAUCAGGGGGAAGGUUUCUGCCCACGGCCGUGCCCACAACACGGUCGUGCACGGGGGUGCACGUAGUUUCCGUAAGCAAGGCGGACGUGGCGGACGCGGCGGACGCAACCGCCAAGGCAAUGGCAGCCAACCGACCGGAGACAACGGCAGCAGCGGCUCCUCCGCCGGAAAUUCCAGAGGCGAUAGCCCUGGAGGCGCGCAAGAUGUGCGCGGGCGAGGCCGCGGCAACAAGUCCAAUAAAGGCGGAAACAAAAGUCACCAAAAGGGCCGAGACCGUCAGGGACGCUGCAAGUACUGCCACAACUCUACAGAGCACGGAUGGGACGGCUGCCCCCUUCGCCUGGAGAACGUGCGAGAGGAUAACGCCCAACAGGCGAAUGCCGCCGCGCCGGAACCGUCCACGCAGGCAUGGUUCACCCGAGUCGAGGAAUCCAGCGGUGAGCCGGAGGACUUUUCCAUCUCGUUUGGAGAACCGCAGGCACUGGAGAUGCCUGCCGCGGCGCUGCCGGAGAAGCGCGCCGCCGUGGGCGUGCAGGAAGGUCUUGUCAUCUACGAUCCGCAGGCACUGGAAAUGCCUGCCGCGGCGCUGCCGGAGGAGCGCGCUGCUGCUGAGGAGGAGGUGCCGGAGGCGCCUGUUGCGGCGCUGCCAGAGGAGUGCGCUGCUGAUGAUGCGCAGGUGCUGGAUGCGCCUGCUGUGGCGCUGCCCGAUGAGCGCGCUGCUGCUGAGAAGCAGGUGGCGGAGGCGCCUGCCGCGGCGCUGCCAGAGGAGCGCGCUGCCGACGAUGAGCAAGUGCUGGAUACCCCUGCUGUGCCGCUGCCCGAGGAGCGUGCUGCUGAUGCUGCUAGUGACGUUCAGGUGCAGAACCCGCUUGCUGAUGCAACAGAUAUAGUUGCCUACACCAGUGUGUACCAGGUUAAGGACGAGUCCGCCAGGAGCACCAUUAUGUUCGUAGACACAGCAGCGUCUAGCCACAUGGUUAGCGCGGAUUCCUACGCAUCUCGCCACGUGACCGAGAAGUCGGACUGCAACGUGAGGAUCAAAGGUUCGUGUGGAACGUCGAGCGCGGCUCAGAAAGGUAUCCUGCGUUUCGGCAUCUCAAACGACCGGAACCAACUCGUCCCGGUGGAGCUACAAGUACUACUGGUUGACAACCUAGGAGCGAACAUCCUCUCGGUCGGAGCCCUGAAGGAAAGGGGGGUGAUGUGCGAUCUUCUGUCUACUCCUCCAGCACUCCGUAGCAGCGAUCAGGCCUUCCCCAUCUCCACGGAGAUUUCGCGGAUGUACAGCGUGAACAUUGUCCUCGACGACAUGAGGAUGGACGGGACCGCGAUGCUGCUCAAGACGAAGGUGAAUGCACACAUGUGGCACCGGAGGAUGGGCCACUGUAAUCCGCGCGCCCUCCAGCAGCUGGCGAGGAAGGAGCAUUCUGGGGUUAAAUUUGACCAAAACAUCGAGUCUGGCGACUGCGAGGUAUGUGCUGUCGGCAACAGCAAGAAGUCUAGUCACCCACCGGCUAACCGACCUCGCGCCGGCACUCGUCUUGCGCUCUUGCACGUAGACACCUGGUCGCACUCCGUAAAAUCUCUCGGUGGACACAAGGGUGCGGUGAUGUUCACGUGUGACAAUACCCGCAUGAGGUUUGGUUUUCCCAUCAAGAGCAAAGAUGCAGCUGCUGAGGCGCUGGAAACUGUUGUCAAGGAGGAAGCCGACCCGGAAGGACUGUGUAUCACCACGCUACACUGCGACGGAGGGGGCGAGUUCAAGGGAAGGUUCGCGGCGCUGGCAGCAUCACUUGGAAUCAAAAUCGAGACCAACGCCCCGUACAUGCCUCAAGGCAACGCCGUCGCCGAGCGUGGCUUUGGCACGGUCGCAGCCAUAACGCGGCGCCUUCUUCUUGGGGCACCUCAUCUACCGGAGAGUCUGUGGGCCGAAGCGUUCCAAUACGCGAUCUAUAUACUGAAUCGCACGCCUACGGACGUCUUGGGCGGCAAGGCACCACUUGAGGUAUGGGAGAACAAACCGCUUGGCAGCUUGCACCACAUCCGCGAAUUCGGUUCGGUAUGCUUUAAGCACGUGGAAGCGGGGGACAGGCCCAACAAACUGGCUGCCAGGGCUGAGAAGAUGUUUCUGGUCGGUGUCAACCCUAAAAGCCGGUCGUGGAGGCUAUGGUCCCCUCGUGACAAGUUUAAGAUCACCAACUCCGCCGAAGUUUCUAUUCGCGAGAAAGCCCCGCGCGACGUGGUUCCCCCCAAGGCAGGGCAUGAUCCGCUGCCAGAGACUCCAAUGAUUUACCAUCCCGGUCCGGAAGAGUCUGAUGACGACGUCGACAGUGUGGUGGAGCCACAAGACGAGCAGAAGGAUAACGAGCCGGAGCCCACGCCUCAGGCGCAAGAGCCGGGCCCCCGUCGCAGCACCAGGAACCCCAAGCCGACUGAACGUCUGAACCUGUUUACCUUUGCCACGGAGGAGGAGGCCUUCGAGCAAGUGGAACGCUCCCUGCUCACCGGAAGCUCGCUUGGCAACAACGGGACUGGCAACCCUGGCGAAGUGGGCUACAGGGCUCCCGACCCUUCGAGCUACGACGAAGCGAUCCGUGGGCAGGAUGCUCUAGACUGGCAAGAGUCCAUGCGGAACGAAAACCAGUCGCUUGUCGACCUUGAUGUGUACGACUGGGUCGAGCCGCCGACGAGUGCCCAGGACCAGCCGAUCCCGUCAAGGUACCUUUAUAAGCGGAAGUACAAGAAUGGCGAGCUUGCUCGACUGAAGAGCCGCGUUGUGGUCCAAGGCUUUCACCAAGCAGACACGGGCGAGGAUAAAGCGGCGCCUGUGGCGUCCAUGGAAUCCGUCCACCUGCUGAUUGCUAUCGCAGCCAAGAAUGGUUUUGGCCUGAAGCAAGCCGAUAUCAAGACGGCAUUCCUCCACGCGCGGGUUCCUGCAAAUGCGAAACCGAUCUACGUCAUCCCUCCGAAAGGGUUCGAGUGCUCUCCGGAACAACAGGGAAAAGUGUGGCGACUCAAGGCGUGGCUCUACGGGCUGCGCCUCUCUCCGAAGGGCUGGAACGGCACCUUCCACGACUUCCUGCUGGAGAUCGGGUUCGUUCAGAGUACGGCGGACCCCUGUCUCUACAUCCUUAACGCGGGAGGGGUCCUCCUUCUCGUGUACGUCGACGACAUUCUUUUGUCGGGAAGCGACGAAGCGCAGGUGAUGCGGGUCGUCGAGCAGCUGAAGGAGCGGUUCGACACAGUGUUCCUGGGAGAUGCACAGUUCCUGCUCGGUAUGGCACUUGAGAGGAACGUCGACGCCGGAACGAUCUUCCUGUCGCAGGAGAUGUACGCGAAGGCCGUACUUGACAAGACCAAAUGUCUUAAAAGGGUUGGACGGUACAUGGAAUUCGCUGCCCAGAAAACUCUGGCAGUUAGUGAUGAGUAUUCAAUUUGA